AAGGUUUAUUGCUUGAUCAGGCUAUAUAAUGUACGAGUUUAUGUAUAUUUUAUUAGAAAAAAUUCAUUAGAUAUUUUAGUAAACCUGUUUUUCAUGGUAGAUUAGUUCAUGUUCACUACUCUUGUGAUUAACCCUUUUCAGCUUAUUCAUGUUACAUAUACAUUAGACCUAUGAAGGUUAAUUGCUGGAUAUUUGAAACAUUGUCAUUUUUACAUACAUAUUGCUUGCUGUGUUUCAAAUUUUAUCAAUCGUAUUAUGUUUAUCCUUGUAGCCCUGAGACAAAAGAAGCUGAUGUCAUGCUAAAGAGGGAUUCAUAUGUUGUGCCCCCUCAACCCAUUUUCACCCCAGAUGCCCCUCAACCCAUUUUCACCCCAGAUGCCCCUCAACCCAUGUUAACCCAUGACCAAUCAGACAACCAAUCACAAAGGAGUGGGAGUGGUCUAUUAAAAGGUUCCACCAAUAAGGUUCAUCCUGUUGACUUUGAUCCCACCCUUCCUACUGCCCAUACAGAAAAUGAAAAGAGUCCAGCUCAUAAGUACCAAACACCUGUCAAACAAAAUCAAGUUGAACCUGUUGACUUUGAUCCAUACAAAGGUGAUCCAGCCCCAGAUAGCCAAGAGUUACAGUUGCAAUAUCCUCAGUACAUUGGCACUAUUGGAGAUGAAGUGACUCCCCUCCCAGGAACUGCUAUUGUUGACAAAGGUCAGGUCACAACUGAACAAAAGCUGGAUGUUGGUAUGGAGUCAGAUAAGGUAGAUGAGGAUAAUAAGCCGGAUACAACAGCAGAUGCAAAGCAAAAUGAUCUGGGUGAACCAGAAGGGUUGAAUGAUGCUAAAGAUGAUACUUCUACUUUACCACUUGAAGAUCAGUUUAUGGCUAAAACCUUUGUGCAUGCAGAUGAUACCAAUCAAGGAAAUCUAGAUGACACUAUAAAAGAAGAAAAUGUUAUAGAAAAUAAAGAGCCAAAAAACCCUGCUGUUGAAGGGGGUGAGGCUACUAAGAUUGGAGGGGCUAAUGAAGUUGAUGAUGAGAUAAAUGGUGAAAGCAAUGAUACUAAAGAUGCUCAUGUAGGUGAUGGUGUUAAAGAUGCAGAUUCCAAAGAGACCAAUGGCACAGAGUCCAAUGGGGAUGAACCAAACAUCAGAGAUAGUGAAAUCCCCAAGACAUCAGAAGAACCAAUGAAUUCUAGUCAAUCAAGCCUUAAGGAAGAAAACAGGGAAAAGUCCUUCACACAGGAUGAACCUGAAAAAGAGUCAAACCAAUUGAAUAAUCCAGAGAAAGAUGGCAACCAAUCCAGGCCAAAUGAAGAACAAAAUCCUGAAAUAGAUACAAAAGUUGAGACCCCCAAGUCUGAGGUCCCAUCCCCUAGUACCCCUGUCCCAUCUCACCCCACCCCCAAAGAUGAUCCUAAAUAGCAACCUGAGUACAUGGACUAAUGUAGCAAGAUAUUGGAUAGUAAGUUACCUGGUGCUAUGAUUCAGUGUUCAUGUAUGCUAUGUCUGCUCACAUACGUCCUUUAAACAAUUGCUAACCAGUACAACGUACCUUUAUACAUGUAUGUUAUAUUACCCCCGAGUUGUUCAUCUAAUAGAAUUGAAAUUGUUCGUCCAUGUAUGUCCUGUUAUAUUUGUCCUUUUGAUAUUAUGUGUAGUUUGGCUCGUCUUAUGUUUUUAAUUCCAACUAGGUUUUACACUCUACAAGUUGUAAUGCAAUAAUGAUACUUGUAGGUUAUGCUCUAAAACU